AUGAGGCUUAGACGGUUACCACAAAGUGUAAUACUCGAGGAAUUACUAAGAGAAGACGAAGAAGAGAAUGAAUCAGAGCUCAGCGACCAAGGCUCUGAAACUUCCGACCACAUCGUUGCGGAGGAACCUCGAUCUGCUGAGGAAUCAAACUGCUCGGACUCAGAAGAGGAUGAUUUGCCACUUUCAGAAAUAAGUAGCUGUUUUACAGGGCGCGAUUAA